UCGUUGAUUCCCAUCGCACUGAGGACGAAGCACUUUAACCUCUUACCACGCGUAAAACCUCCAUUUGGUUUCCGUGAACGAUUCCAACUACCAUUCGUAGGCCCUCCUCUGUCGCAAUCUAAUUCAGGAUUGCAGAAUUUCCAGAGCAAUCUUAUCUCACAUUAUCGAAUCCCAGGACCAAAACGGACAACAACCCAUCAUUCGUCGACUCAAAUUCUGCAAAACCCAGAUUUAGCUGUCUUAAGUGAUCGUGGAGAUCGGUAAAGGAAGAAAAUUUUUGUUUCAUUUGACAAUGUUGCAUGUAAGAGUUUAUUUGUGAUCGUGGAAUGGAAAAGAAACGAACAGAUGACAGUGAGCUGGGUCCAGUUCCUCCACUGAGAUUGGACAGAUUUGGGUUUUUGAAGCAGGAACCAUCUCCUAACGGCUUACCCAAGGGCAGGUCAGCCUUUGAAUUCGAGAGGGAGGAAAGGAGGGUUAGGAAAUGGAGGAAGAUGAUUGGAGUUGGAGGCAGUGAUUGGAAAUAUUAUCUUAGGAGAAAACCUCAUGUUGUCAAAAGGAGAAUAAGAAAAGGAAUUCCUGAUUGUUUAAGAGGUCUGGUAUGGCAGUUGAUCUCUGGAAGUCGGGAUCUUUUGUUGAUGAACCCUGGUGUUUAUGAGCAAUUGGUAAUUUAUGAGACAUCAGCUUCAGAGCUGGAUAUAAUUCGAGAUAUAUCGCGUACCUUCCCUUCACAUGUUUUCUUCCAGCAGAGACAUGGUCCUGGUCAGAGGUCUCUCUACAAUGUUUUGAAGGCAUACUCUGUCUUUGACAGAGAUGUUGGAUAUGUUCAGGGAAUGGGGUUUCUGGCUGGUCUAUUACUUCUUUAUAUGAGCGAGGAGGAUGCAUUUUGGUUAUUGGUCGCAUUACUCAAAGGAGCAGUCCAUGCACCAAUGGAAGGAUUAUAUCAGGUAGGUCUACCACUGGUACAACAAUACCUUUUCCAGUUUGACCAGUUGGUAAGGGAGCAGUUGCCAAAGCUCGGAGAGCAUUUUACCCAAGAAAUGAUAAAUCCCAGCAUGUAUGCAAGCCAGUGGUUCAUUACAGUUUUUUCUUAUUCUUUUCCUUUCCAUUUGGCUCUUCGAAUUUGGGAUGUCUUUCUCUAUGAGGGUGUUAAAAUCGUUUUUAAAGUUGGUUUGGCCCUAUUAAAAUAUUGCCACGACGACUUGGUAAAAUUACCCUUCGAGAAACUUAUCCAUGCUUUGCGUAACUUCCCCGAGGAUGCAAUGGACCCUGACACGUUACUUCCAAUGGCUUACUCUAUCAAGGUAUCCAAGUGCUUGGAGGAAUUGAAACAGCAGUAUGAUAAGAAGAAUGGGAAGAACCUUAAGCCUACAGAGGAUGAGAAACCGGCUUAAGGAAGGUUGUUCUCAUCCCAGGGGAGUUAGGGCAGCUCAUAAUUCUUCAUUCUUCUGUAGGAACUGUAGAGUCCAAUUUAUCUAGGGCAGAUAUUGUAUAAAGAAAUUAACAAUGUCAUUAAAAUUUGUCGGAUAGCUUCUUUUAAGUCCAAGGUUAUGAACUGGCAGAACUGCUGCCCUAUUCUUGUAACAACCUCACUUCCUCACAUUUAGAUUCGAACAAAUUAUCUCGUGGAGUUGGGGAUUUCAUGUUUGAUGGUCCUCGGUCCUCCUCUUGUCAGUUGCUUAUGACGAUCAAUGUCCGAGCUAGGUCCGUCUGGUUGUAGUGGAAGAAGAAUGAAGUUGCCAUAGUUGAUAGUUCUGAUGUACAUGAGGCCUCAAGUCCUACUCACAUCUUAACCUGUGAGUUUAUGGGUGCCGUCCUUCGAAUAUAGUUAUGAGUAUCAAGUAUAGGUUUGAAUUUCUUGGUGCUUUCA